GGGACCGGACGGAGCCCGGAACAGACCCGGUACCGACCGGGCACCGACCCGGCACCGCUCCGGCCCGCGGCCGCCCCGCCAGGGCAGGGAGCGGGUCGGCACGGACACGAUGAUCGACACCCUGGCGAGCACCGAGGCCGAGGAGCUGCUGCUCCAGCUCUCGGCGCUGCUGGAGCAGGAGCUGCGGGCUCAGCCCAAGCCCGCCGGGCUCAGGCUGGUCGAGGCUGCUCACGACAAUGGCCUCCGAAUGACUGCCCGGCUGCGGGACUUCGAAGUGAAAGACCUGCUCAGCUUAACUCAGUUCUUUGGCUUCCGCACGGAGACGUUUUCCCUGGCUGUGAAUUUCUUGGAUAGAUUCUUGUCCAAAAUGAAGGUGCAGCCUAAACACUUGGGCUGUGUUGGACUCAGCUGCUUCUACUUGGCUGUGAAGGCAUCAGAAGAAGAAAGAAAUGUGCCCUUGGCCACUGACUUAAUUCGGAUAAGCCAGUACAGGUUCACUGUUUCUGAUAUGAUGAGAAUGGAGAAAAUCAUUUUGGAGAAGCUGAGUUGGAAAGUGAAAGCUACAACAGCCUUCCAAUUUCUACAGCUGUAUCAUUCACUCGUUCAGGAGAAUUUAAGCUGUGAAAGGAGAAAGUACCUUAAUUUUGAGAGACUUGAGACUCAGCUUAAGGCCUGUCACUGCAGAAUCAUGUUUUCUAAAGCCAAGCCUUCUGUCUUGGCACUGUCUAUUAUGGCACUAGAGAUAGAAGAACAAAAGCUGCUGGAGUUGACAGAGGCAUUGGAAUUUCUGCAGUUGCAUUCCAAGAUAAACAACAGAGAUUUGACCUUCUGGAAGGAACUGGUUUUAAAGUGCCUUACAGAAUAUUCCUCGAGCAAGUGCUCCAAACCAAAUGUCCAGAAAUUAAAGUGGAUUGUGUCUGGACGUACAGCACGGCAGCUCAAACACAGCUACUACAGAAUAACACACCUUCCUACCAUUCCAGAGACCAGCUCAUAAAAGGAGUACAAUAAAAUGAAGGAAAAAACAUCCUGUGACCUUGUCAACAGGCACAUGAAUACUUGAGAAACAAAGUCUGAACCAUGAUCUUAAUAAUGAAGAACUCAACUCAUGGAAAGAACAUGUAACAUUUCAGACUAAAGAUCCUCCCAGCAAA